AUGGCGCACCUCCUGAAGCAGGACGUGUUCAAGGCGAUCCUCGAGCUUGCCCUGCAAGAGUCCGACCGGGACACGCUCGUCAACUCGUCGUGCCAGGAGUUCUUCGACCACAUGCGCAAGGACGGCGCGCAGGAGAACAUGAAGGAGGCGAUCGACGACAUCAUGACCCGGCAGGAGGCGCUCGUGCGGCAGCUCGCCCAGUCCAGGUUCGCGAAGACGUGCUUCGAGCACUUCAUCCUGCGCUGGGAGAUGAACACCGCGCCCGAGCCCCCAAAAGAGGAAAAGCUGCCCGCACCCCACCUCAGCCAGCCGUUCGAGCUCCGCCGCCAGGAGGCCGAGGAGGAGUCGUACUUCAACACGGACGACGACAACGACGACGACGACGGCUCGCCGCCGCUCCUCAGCACGCCGCUGCUCACGCGCCACCAGUUCGCGGGCCAGAAGCGCAAGCGCCAGCGCGUGCCCGGCCUGCCGAUGCGCCCGCUCCGCCCGCCAAGCAUCCACCUCCCGCGCGCCCCGCUCAUCGGCAGCCUCGUCGACUACGACGAGGACGAGGACGACCGCGAGCUCGCGGUCGACCUCAACCUCGACCUCGACCGCCGCCUCGCGCCGCUCGGACCACACGACGGCGACGCGGAGGCGGACACGGGCGCGGGCGCCGUGCACCCCCCCGUCGCGCCGGUCCCGACCCCCGACGCGCCCCCGACGCCGCGCCUCUCACAUCGACUGAUCGCGUCCGCCAAGCGCGGGCGCACGCCCGACGCCGACGAUGCCGGCGGCGGCGGUAAUGACGGCGAGCAGCCAGACACGGGAGGCGGCGGGGGGUUCAUACCGCUCUCGCCGCGCCCCGAGAAGCGACGGCGGGGGGACGACGAUGGCGACGACAUGGGGCUCGAGCGGCUCCUGUCCAAGGUGAAGCGGCCCUCCCUCACGCCCGUCGCGCCGGCGAAAGAGGGCGCGGCGCCCACGGCCGCCACCCCGCCCCCAGCGGGCGCGGGGCGCAUCGGCGUGACCGGCGGCGUGAAGCCCGGGGCGGAGGACGGCGGGCCCAAGAAGAUCAAGCUCAAGUUUGGCGUGGCGGGGCUGGCGGUGGCGUCGUCCGCCCCGUCGGCUGCCGCCGCCGCCGCGGCGCGUUCAGAACCAGGCGUGAAGGACGGGGACACUGGCUGA